AUGGCUUUGGUUGCAGUGGGCGCAUGCUACGUCGAUACCAUCUUAACGACACCGCAUUAUCCUGGAGAAGAUGACAAACUACGCGCGUCCAGCAUCUCGCGCCGACGAGGAGGAAACUGCCCGAACACCCUAGAGGUGUUGCAACAGCUAGUGGCGCAAAGCGCACCCGCCUCGAAAACACAGCUGAAUCUCAUUGCCAUUCUCCCUGCGAAAGAGUCUAUUGCCUCGAAACAGAUUCGGAAUGCCUUUGAGCCUCAAGUAUCCCUCAGUCACUGCAUUCAUCGCGAGGAGUUUCAGGAACCAGCGUCCAGCUAUAUCAUCAAAAGCCAGGCCUCGGGCAGCAGGACGAUCGUCAACUAUAAUGAACUUCCGGAGAUGACACUAGAGGAGUUUGUUCAAAUAGCUGAUAGACUUGGUACCGAGAUUGGGUGGUACCAUUUUGAGGGCCGGAUACCGGAUGUGACUCUUGCUUGUAUACGCUAUCUUCGACAACAGUAUCCAGAUAUCAAAAUCAGCGUGGAAGUGGAGAAACCUGGACGGGAAGGGCUACAGGAACUCGCAAAAGAGGCUGAUGUAGUCUUUUACUCUAAGAGUUGGGCACAGGCCAACGGGUACAGUUCAGCAGAAGAAUGUAUUCGGAAGCAGUCAUCUCAAACACGCAACGCAUCCUUCCUUUGUUGCACAUGGGGUCAAGACGGGGCUGCAGCCCUUGAACCUUUUACUGAAAGACUCGUGCAUAGCCCCGCUUACACACCUAAGGGCUUCAAAGUUGUUGAUACAAUUGGAGCAGGCGACACGUUUAUAGCUGGAAUGCUCUACGGGUUGAUCUUCAAUGGAAAUAGUUGGGACCUUUCGAAGAAACUCAACAUGGCAAAUCGACUUGCAGGAACGAAGGUCGCUCAGGAAGGUUUCAAUAACCUUGGGAGCGUCCUAGAAGCAUUCUUUUAA